AUGCAAUUGCUCCUACAUCUUUUCCUACUUGUUGCGAUUGUUGCAUCAAAGAAAAUCAAUUUAUAUGCAAGACCUAUAGAUCAGGAGUCAACCGAUCCUAUAGGUUUUAUUCAAGAUGAUUCCGUAUAUUUAAUGGAUUAUGAGAUUCAGCCAAAUCAAUCGUAUUGUAUAGGAACAAAAGACCUACACAAUCAUGAAUGCUUUAGCUUUCAGAGGGAGUUGCCACCGUUGAAAAACGCGGUGUUUCAUUAUUUUCUUGCUGAGGAUGGUGAUAUUAUACGAUUAGCUUUAUCAUUUGAUGAGCAAAUAGACAAGCCGAUUAUAUUGAAACAUCAACAUAUUGAAGCCCCGAAACCUGACUUGAAUAGUGAAUUAUUGGCGAAAGAAAGAGAAGAACAGCAAAAGCAAGCAAAAAAAGGGGUAAGCGUCAAGAAAGUGAAACAGAAAAAAAUGGUUACAUUUGUUGAUACCAAUGGUAAAGAAGAAACAAGGGAAAUUGAAGAAGAAGUUGAAGUUGAAGUUGACAAUAGAUCCUGGAUUCAAAAAAAUUGGAUGUAUAUUGUACCUCCUUUGAUAAUAAUGUUGCUCAUGGGCGGUAACGAAGAGAAAAAGUGA